ACCUAAACGUCGCCUGCUAUGGUCCUUCUUAAACGUUACUUAUUCAUGCUUUGCGACGACAACUUUGUUCGCUAUACCAUAAUUUCUACUCAUAUAACUCACACGCCAUUUGCUCUUUCUUUGAGGACAUGAUGAUUUUUCCUUAGGUCGUGAUGGUGCGGAGAAUUUUAAUUCUCGCAGGUGCACCAGAAAGUCAUAAGCUGGACUGGAAAGAGUCAGGUCUUUUAAACCAGUUCUUAGAUCCCAUAUCGCAGUUUGCUCGACUUAACACUUAUCCAAUCUCCAUUACCGAAAGUACUUCUAUAGGACCUUCCCGAGAUGUUGCCGUCUGGAGAUCGAUACCUCUAGAAAAAACUACAUUACCAACUGGCUUCUCUCAGCUUCAUCAAGUGAGGCAAGAUUAUCAUGGAGACGAUGGCUUUUUCACAGUUUUUACGCCCUCGUUCGCAUCUACUUCUGAUUUACCAGGGACCGACAGAGCAAGCCAGGAGCUAUUAGAGCAAUUUUACGACCACUCGUUAGCAGUCCACGAUGAUAUGCCAUCUUCUCAGCUGCCUGUGAGUUUCAGUACUGAUGAAUCUUCGUUAAACACCACCACCGAGGACAUAAGUUUAUAUGACUCGAUCCGGAGUAGCAACUCAUCCGCCCGCCGGGAUCAGCCUUUAAUUGCCCAGACAACUCAUCUCAGUGAUCUCGAAGAUGUGCCGAGAGCGUCGCAUCUACAAUCCAUCGCACCCCAGACAAUGACUGUCAACCUUAUCGUCGGUAUAAUAUCCAUUGCUGAGCCACGUACCGUAAGAACCAGGUGGGGCUCGACGAAUUCUCUAAUUGAGCUUCUCGUUGGUGAUGAGACCAAAUCUGGCUUCAGCAUCACUUUCUGGCUUUCGUCGGAGCUUAGCGAAUCAUCUAGCAAGAUUCUCAGAGAACUUCGCAGACAGGAUAUCGUACUCCUCCGGAAUGUCGCGCUAAGCGUCUUUAUGAAAAAGGUGCACGGAUACAGCUUGAGAAAGGGCCUGACCAAGGUUGACCUACUCUACAGGAGAAAGCUGGAUAGAGACGAUCAAGGCGGAUUAUAUGGUAUGAGAGACUUGUCAUCAACAAAGUCAACACAUCCCCAGUUGCUGAAAACAAGAAGGGUACGAGAGUGGGUUAUGAAUUUUGUUGGAGAUGGGGGCGCGGCCCUGGGGAAGAGAAAGAAAAACGGAAAACCCAUAAGAAGUUGGGACAUGCCACCAGCUGAUACGCAGUGAGCGGACUUGUGAUGUCCACUAUCUGAUCUACCUAGUCUUCUCUAAGUUAUAUGUAUUAGAAUUUAAGUCAUUCUUAUCACAA